ACCCUGAACUGGUUGCCAGCCAAUCACAGGGCACAUAGAGACAGACAACAGUCAUUCUCACAAUCACACCUACGGGCAAUUUCGAGUGUCCAAUUAAUGUUGCAUGUUUUCGGAAUCUGGGAGGAAACCCACCCAGGCAUGGGGAGAACAUACAAACCCCACACAGGCGGGUCCGGGACUGAACCCGGACCUCAGAACUGUGAGGCCAACGUUUUCCAGCUGAACCACCAUCCCGCCUACUGGCUAAAGUAAACUUGUUUUUAAAUUAUAAUUUGGGUGUAAAAUAUGUAAAGUUGUUCCUUUUAAGAAUGAAAUAAAUUGAAGCUUACAAAAAUGGGUUUUGGGGCACUAUCAACGUUUUGAUAAAUGAAUACUUUCACUUCCCCGACUGAUCAUGUGAUUGAUCCCCGAUGAGAAAAUUGCUGCUUUGUCAUUACUGUGUAACUCACAUACACUUGAAAGUAAUUAAUACUUAGGAGUACCUGGCCUAGAUAAAAACAUUUAAACACAUGCACUGGGGUGUUUUUAAUAUUUGUGUGGCACAAUACAGAAACUCACUUAAACUUUUUGAGAGCGGAAGUAGGGAAAAAAAUGAAGAUCAUGUUUUUGCACAAGUUUGCACACCCUCUUAGAAAUGCGAUGUAGCUGUGUUUUAUAAUUAAGCGGUCGCAUUCAAACUCAUGCCAAAGUGUUUUUGAAGCUUUGUUGUUUCAGUAGGCUUUUUGGACAGUUUUUGCUUUCUAGAAGUUUGUACGAACGCUGACUGGUAUUUGAACCUGUUGAUAAUUCCCUCCACCUUGACUCUGGCCCAGUUCCACCUGAAGAAAAACAGCACCUGUAAGUAUGAUGUUAUGUUUGUUUUGUUUUUUUUUUUUUUUGUGUCGUGGCCAAAAUCCCCCUAACGUACAAAAAUAGCGGAUUGCCAACAUUUGGGUAUACAGCAAUAUUCAUUACUAAUAUCGACAACCGAUCCAUUGAAAUAAGGCCAGCAUAGGUUCGAUAUGACGCCAGCUAUCGGUACUCUCCUAUCCCUGAUGUAUCAUCACCUGCCUGAAGGAAUCUCGGGAGAGAAGAAGGCUGAGGGAGUCAACCCGAACAGAAAAUCUGACGUCAACUGGACCGAAUGAAGCGUCUCGGAGUCCACGUUCACACUGCGACCACACGGGGGCGCGCUCUCUCCCGUGCAAGUGGCGUCGCGCGCCCCCGCGCCCGACGGGGUCGCGCCUCUGCGCCGUGCUGAGUGCAGAUGUGUCGCAGAUUCUUUUCCAACGGGAAAACGUCCCCCCCACGAGCCCACCGCGGGCAAGUUGCUGCCGCCACUAAGACGUCGCGGCCGCCCGAGCGCGACGCUGCGUGAGCGGCUGUCGUUAGCUCCGUUGGAGGUGGAAAAAGACGCCACUUAAAAAAAAAAAAAAAAAAAAAAAAUCCACCCCCCCGGCAGGUCCGAGGCGCUCGCGCACUUGAUGGAGCUGUCAGCGAUCGGCGAGCAAGUGUUCGCCGUGGAAUCCAUCCUGAAGAAAAGAGUUCGCAAGGGCAACGUGGAGUACCUCUUGAAAUGGAAAGGAUGGCCUCCAAAGUACAGCACAUGGGAACCUGAGGAACACAUCCUGGACCAGCGUUUAGUCCAAGCCUAUGAAGAGAAAGAGCAGAGAGACCGAAGUCUGGGUCACAGGAGGAAACGAUCCAAAGCCAAAAGACUCCUGUUGCAGAACACGGUCUAUACUAUGGACCUUCGUAGCGCUCACAAGACCACGGACGCGCCCCCGCGCCGUCUACGUCUCUCCCUGACCCGCUCACUACUCCCGGAUGAAGAAGAGGGAGAGGACGAGGAAGAUGAGGAGGAAGACGAGGAGGAAGACGAGGAGGAGGAUGAUGAUGAUGAGGAAGAGGACCGGUCAUACAUUGCCUGGAGGAGAGCGUCCCGGUACAACGAGAUGAGGCCAAAGAGGAGAUGCCUGAACCCGAGGCUGACGAGUCCUGCACAGGACGAUUGGAAAAGCCUCGGAGAGGAAGAGGAGGAGGAGGAAGAUGAAGUGGAAGAGGGCAUUGUAGAAGAAGAGGCGGAGGAGGAGGAGCCCGAGGAUGCUACAGAUGAGAGUCAGAAGAGGGCCGCCACGUGGAGCCCCGCUAUUGGACAUUUGACGGGGGCGGAGAUGACCGACCCCGUGUGGCGGCCCGCGGUCGGCCCGGCAGAGGUGACGGUCACCGACGUCACCAUCAACGCUCUCACCGUGACGUUCCGAGAGGCGCGUGUGGCACACGGCUUCUUUCGAGUGUGGGGGCUGGAGGUAUGAGUGGGGGCGGCCAGAUUUUGGGAAUUCAUCCUCAACACUUGCUCCCUGCUUGGACAAGAGCUGAAAUAUGGUUUGCUCAGACUGACGUUGCCUUCUGUUGAAAAGACACGUACUUCUCUAUGCAGGCAAUGUGAGAGAGAAAAAAUGAACCACGUCACAUGUUUGCACUUUUUAAUGAUCCUACCUAAUCACCGAUUCCCCGCGAAACUCUUUGUCAGCGUGAUUACACGCAAAGCCAACGUUAUUUAUAGACGGUAUCGAGCAGGGGUCGGGAACCUAUGGCUCGUGAGCCACAGCUGGCUCUUUUGGUGGUUGCGUAUGGCUCGCACAGCCCUCACAAUACAUACUGGAUAGGAAGUUCUGGUUCAUCGCGUUACUGCUUGGCCCAAACAAAAAACAAAAAAAAAGUUUGACUCCUUUUUUUUUAACAUUUUGGGACCACACAUAAUUUUCUCUAACAACGACCUGAUCCAAGACCUCCAAUGACCCCCGCCCCCCACUCUUAAAGGGGUACACUCAUAAUUACAAAUGUUAUAGUCCUUACAUAGCCGAUCACUGUGGUUUAUAAUGACAUAGUGCUUAUGCGCUGCCCACCACCGGAAUUUUUUUUUACAUAAAGACAUCCCUCUGUCGGCAAGCAUUGUUGGCGGGGAGGGGGACAAAUGACAAAAAUUCAACCUGCCGACCAGCUGGUUGUGAAACCUUUUAACGCACUUCCCGUCACAAACCACACACUGCGGCCUGUAUUGCAUCGCUGUACUGACAAUGUUUGGUCAUACCUAUGCAUAUGAAAAGUCUUUCUCACAUUUGAAAAAAAAAAACCAUUAAGACCAACCUAUGUUCAUGAAUAACGGAAGAAAGUCUCACAACCUUCAUGAAAUUUGGUUUAAUGACGUAUGAAACAGAUGACAUUAGUGGUAAAAAGUACUUCUCUCAUCAUUGGUUAGCAAAAGUAUAAUUCCAUCCAUCCAUUUUCUUUGGCGCUUAUCCUCACGAGGGUUGCGGGAGCGCUGGAGCCAAUCCCAGCUGCCAACGGGCAGGAGGGAGGGUACACCCUGAACUGGUUGCCAGCCAAUCGCAGAGCACAUGGAGACAAACACCCGCCCUCACAAUCACACUUUACUUUAUCACACAAUUUAGAGUGUUCAAUUAAUGUUGCAUGUUUUUGGGAUGUGGGUGUAAACCGGAGUGCCCGGAGGAAACCCACGCAGGCACGGGGAGAACAUGCAAACUGUGAGGCCAACGCUUUACCAGCUGAUUCACCGUGCCGCCCCAGUAUAAUUAUUUAAAUGAAUUUAGAGACUUAUUGUACUCUUAAAGUGUUGAUCUUACAUAAAAUGCACAAAUACACUUGUAUUUAGUUUGAAAAAAUAUUGGACGGCUCUUUUGGAAUGACAUUUUAAAAUAUUUGCUGUAUAUCGCUCUCUCAGCCUAAAUGGUUCCCGACCCCUGGUGUAGAGACUAAAGUCAUCGUGUAGAUGAUGCUCAUAGUGGUCAUAAAGUGAACUCUAAAGUUCUCAGACCAUUUGGAAGAAGGGAAGUGAGUGAGUGGAUGAGACAUUCUUUUGAAAUACAUUUUAUAUUAAACACUAAUCCCCAAACUCUACGAAUACUGGAUGAAAUGUGAAGAUGAUCAUAAAAUGCACUACAGCCGAUUUAAAGCACCAUUUUAUACGCAACAAAAAUUAACUUUUCCGGUACGACUCACCAAUACAUGAUUACAUUAUACACGGUUUAUCAAGUAUAUUUCAAUAGUACUUGAAUAUAUUUUCCUUUGUACCUGUGACAAGUUGAUAUUUGUGGAAGUGUAAGUCCCCGACUGUACUUUGUUCACUCUUGCUCGGCCGUGUCGCUUCCUACGCAGCGGGCCACAGGUUCAUCCUGAAAUCCCACCCGAAAGCCGAGUAUUGCAAAACUUUUGUGAGUAUGUGUCUCGAACUGCAAGGAGAAGAACCAAAUGUUAGAAAUGUUGCACUAAAAUAAUAAUAAUUAUUAAAAAAUCUAAUGUAUAACCGUAAAGGAUUCCGUAAAUGUUCCCUUUCAGGUUGUUGUACGAAUGGACUUACUGAUGCAUUUAAACAUGAGCAACUUUAACAUCCAUCUGCUUUUUUUUUUUUUUUUGAGCCGCUUAUCCUCACGAGGGUCGCGGAAGUGCUGGAGCCUACCCCAGCUAUCACCGCGCAGGAGGCGGGCUCCACCCUGCACUGGUUGCCAGCCAAUCGCAGGGCAGCUAUAAACAGAUAACCUUUCGCACUCACAUCUGCACCUACGGGCAAUUUAGUCUUCAAUUAUCCGAGCAUGCGUGUUUUGGGGAUGUGGGAGAAAACACAAACGCCACACAGGUAUGGCUGGGAUUUGAACCCUGAACCUCAGAGCUGUGAAGCAGAUGCUUAACCAGUCGGCCACCGUGGUACCUGACAUUGACAUAUUGAAAGCUAAAAUAGGACAUGAUAGUAUAUUUUUAGUCCAUAUUUUGAGUUAAAAAAAAUAAACUUUUAACAAUUAAUUGUAUAUGAAGUUUUUCAGCCAAUUAUUUCAAAGUUUAUAUUGAACAAGUCAUGUGUGCUUGUAUACAUAUUGUAGAGAUGCUGUUUUGUAUAUACGAUACCGGUAUGUCCAACUGCUGUAAAGUGGCUGUCGUGUACUGGAUCUUAGUUAACAAGUAGACUCUUGUCACUCCUCAAAUUGUGGCUUGUCCCCCAAGAAAAUAUGUAAUACCCUACCUUUCAUGUAGCCAUCACACAUUAAUCAUCUCUAUGUAUUAUUUUUUUUUUAAAGUCUUGAUCAGCAGCGCAGGUACAAGCAGGCCUUGUGCUGGCAACAAGCGAGAUUUGUAAGUGCUGCAUUGCGCUAUGUCAAAGUUAUCAUUUGUUACAAGAAGAAAAAAAAUUACAAAAUCCUGCAUUGUGAUGUACGGAAAUAUGAAAGUCAUUUGUGUGCCUAAUCAAGUGAGGAUGCUUGACAGGUGGGCAUGGAAGUGCCUCAUCGCAGUUCUUUUUUUUUUUUGUAUGACUGCUGCUGAUGAAAGAAUCGAUUUAUGAGAAAUUAUCUUAAUGAAGGUGAAGCAUGUUUGUAGUCUUUUUAUCACAUUAAACUGAAUGUAUAUUUAUUCUUUUGUGGUGAUAUCCUGUGCGGUGGCAGAACACGGGUUUCCUUAACAAUAUCACUUGACCCGAUGGGUCCCCAAUCAUUCUCGUCCGGCCCACUUUGCACUUAGGUGAUGCUAACCUGCACAAAACUACAGCAGUAUAAAUUGACGGUGUUUAACAUUUGUCAUGAUUAUGAAAUAAACGUGGCUCAUUGUU